AAUGGAGGUCAGGAAGAGUGGCCUGAGGUGAUAAGAAUGGACCUGACCCGGAACGGGGACUGGACCUUCCAGAUCAAGGUGAUGCUGGUGACCAAGCCCCAGCGAGGAGACAUCUAUGUUUGCCAGGUGGAGCACGCCAGCUUCGCCAGCCCCGCCAGAGUCCAGUGGGAACCGCAGACGGAUUCUGGUCAGAGCAAGAUGUGGACGGGGGUCGCAGGCAUCAUCCUGGGCCUGGUCUUCCUGGCACCGGGACUCCUCCUCUACCUGAAGAACAGGAAAGGGAAUGUUCUGCCCCAGUCUCCAGCGGCGCUCAUGAGCUAGAUGUCUGCAUUUCAUGGACAAGGCAAGGAAUCCGCUUCCCUUCCCACCGGCAGCUGCGUGUUUUUCUUCCUUGGAGGAUGCAAAGUUUGGAGGAGACACAAAAGGAGAGGAGAGGAAAGGAGAGGAGGACCCUAACCCUAAUGUUAAUCCUAGCCUUAACCUUCAACUUAAUGCUAACCCAAACCCAAACCAGUUCCCUGCCCUCGCUUUGGGUUUAUUUGCUUCUGGGUGAUUUAUUUGCAAGUUUUCAAUUUACAAAGCUGACUAUGUUUCCCCUUUUCCCAGUUCCUUGUUGGCAUGAAAUGCCAAAACGCAUCCAAGGGAUGCAAGGGUCUCUUCUGCACUGCACAGUUAGACCACUUUAACUGCCUUUUGAUUCCUGGGAUUUGUAGUUUUCUGUGGUGCUCAUAAUUCUCCUAUGAAGGGCACAGGCAUGCUAUGAAGCUACAAGGGGAAUAUUAUACCUAUCCAGGGGUUGGCCGUGUUGGCCAUAUAGCAAAAUGCAAGAACAUCCUAAAUGGACAAAACAGGGAUAACGUUAUUAGGCCAACCAAACCAGCAAUGUGGUGUUGCGGCAAAGAAGGCGAAUGUUAUUUUAGUUUGCAUUAUUGGAAGCAUAGUCCUACGACAUUUUGUUUUGGUGAGGAGUCCUCAUCUAGAGUCCUGAGGGCAAUUCUGGGCACCUUUUAAGACAGAUAGAGACAAAUAAUGGGUUCAGAGAAGGAUGAUCAGAGGGAUGGAGAACAUAAUCUAUAAGGAGAGCUUGAAGGACCUGGGCAUUUUCAGCUUGAAGAGAAGGCUGAGGUGGCCCUCUUUAAACCCCCCUCCAGGGCUGGAUCAGGGCCCUUCUUGGGGUCUCUUCCAACUCUAUGGUUCUACCAUAAAACAGGGAAGCAGUAACUCCAGAGCCUCUUGCUGCUAAAUUUCCAAGUACUUUUGUGCCAAUAGCAAUGCAUUUGUAUACUCUCUGCCUUUCACUUUGGUCACUCUCGCAACAAGCCCUGCAAAUAGGAAUAUCAGUUUCUCUCUCUCUCUUUUGAAAUCAAUAAAGUCAUUUUCAGCAUU